AUGCUGGGCAGCAGUGUGUGGGCCUGCGGGGCCCGCCCCUGUGCUUGGCAGCCCAUGCAGCCCAGGGCCUCCACCGGCCGGCACACAGCUGCGAUCAAUGCGUUCAAGCAGCACGAAUUGGGAGGAAUGCGCCUGACAGUUUCUGGCCGCCAGGGUGUCCGGAACCGGCUGGCCGUUGUUCACGUGGCGGCCAGCACUGCUGCGGAGCCGGGCACGUGCAGUGGCAGCUCGGUGCUGGUGGCGGUCAAGGUCCCAGACUGUCCCCUGCAGUUUGGCGAGCAUCUGCGGCUGGUGGGCAGCUGCGCGGAGAUGGGAGGCUGGGAUGCAAAGUCGGCACCAUCGCUGGACUGGCAGGAAGGCAACAACUGGGUUGCCGAGCUUGCGCUACCGCCGGGCGAGCACUUGUUCAAGCUGGUCAUCAUGCGCAGUGAUGGCGAGCAACAGUGGGAGGACGGCAACAACCGCGAGCUGCCAGUGGCUGUGGCUGCCGCGCCUGCCGGCAGCCCAGCCCUGCGUGCCACCUGCCACUUUGGCGACACGACCGACAUGAACCUGGCUGAACUUGCACCCAAGGCUGCCAUGGCGGAGGCCUCUGCGACCCUCCCCACUCCCGAGCCACUCCCCAGCGUGGUGGGUGGGACGCCCAUGGCAAGCAGCUCGUCCCCGGACUCCGCCCUUGAAGCCCCCGUGCAGCCAGACGGCACCAGCCGCAAACCCACAGCCGUGAAUGGGGAUGGUCCGGGUGCGCCACAUCCCUUGCCAUCCUUGAAGGACGUCAGCCCCAUGGGUCCUGAUGCCAAGGAUGAGGCAUCAGGCGUCGACGGGAAACGCUGGGCCACCCAGCAGCAGGAGAUCAUUGUGGAGGAUGAUGUCAAGCGGCAGCAGCAGGCCGCCAAAGAGCUCGCCGAGUCGCAGCGGCAGAGCCAGGCGGCAACCACAAGCAAGGCGAUGACGGACGGCAGGUCGCAGGCAUGGGGUCAAACCACUUCCAAAAGUGGCUUGCUGCCUGUGCUCCUGCCUCUCUGCGCCGGCGGCCUGUUUGUUGGCAUCGCUGCCCUCAACGCAGUCCCAGGGCUGGAGCUGCCAAGCGUAAUGGCAGGCGGCAGCGUGGGUUUGAAUGAGCUCAGCAUCACUACGGCUGGCGCACUGACGGCCCUCCAAAAGAGCGCGACGGAGCUGUCUUCAAGUGUGGACUUGAGCGGCCUGAGCAGCAGCGCUGCUGACGCACUGACGCGCCUCCAGACGAGCGCAGCUGAGCUGUCAUCGAGCGUGGACGUGAGUGGCCUGAGCAGCAGCGCGGCGGGCGCACUGACGCGCCUCCAGACGAGCGCAGCUGAGCUGUCAUCGAGCGUGGAUGUGAGUGGCCUGAGCAGCAGUGCAGCUGGCACACUGUCGGCCCUCCAGACGAGCGCAGCUGAGCUGUCAUCGAGCGUGGACGUGAGCGGCCUGAGCAGCGGUGCAGCUGGCGCACUGACACGCCUCCAGACGAGCGCAGCUGAGCUGUCAUCGAGCAUGGACGUGAGUAGCCUGAGCAGCGGUGCAGCUGGCGCACUGGCGGCCCUCCAGAAGAGUGCUGCUGAGCUGUCUUCAAGCGUGGACGUGAGCGGCCUGAGCGACAGCGCGGCUGACGCUUUGACGCGCCUCCAGACGAGCGCAGCUGAGCUGUCAUCGAGCAUGGACGUGAGUAGCCUGAGCAGCGGUGCAGCUGGCGCACUGGCGGCCCUCCAGAAGAGUGCUGCUGAGCUGUCUUCAAGCGUGGACGUGAGCGGCCUGAGCGACAGCGCGGCUGACGCUUUGACGCGCCUCCAGACAAGCGCAGCCGAGCUGUCAUCGAGCGUUGACGUGAGCGACGUGAGGAGCAGCGCGGCUGGCAUAGUAGCGAACCUCCAGAAGAGCGCUAUCGAGCUGUCUUCAAGUGUGGAUGUGAGCAGCCUCCAGCAGAGUGGCAAGGGGCUGUUGACUGCCUUCGAGGCCAGCUCCAAUGAUGUGUUGGCAAAUCUGAAGGCCAACUCGGCCGCCUUGCAGGAGAGCCUGGCUCAUGGCCUCUCCAGCCUGCUCAAGUGA